AUGCUAGUCCCGAAGAACAGGAGAUGGCGCCUUCCUUCUGGAUGUACACCCGAACACCAUGGGCAUACCGACAAAGCGGUUAUUAUAGACCACAGAGCAUAUUGGAACUACGAGAAAGCGCUGCAAGUCCGACUGACAAUCGAUCGAAACCAGACGCUUCACGAAUGCGAACUAUACUUCGAGGUCAUACAAGAGUUUGCGUCGGGCGGAAGUAAUGAGAAGAGCAUCCUGGGGAAGAUCAAGCUCAACUUGUCAGAGUAUGUGGAUAAGAGUGACGACGAUGAGGGCAUCGUCAGGCGCUACUUGAUGCAGGACAGCAAGGUCAACAGCACGCUUAAGGUCGGGAUAGCACUACGCCAGGUUGAAGGUGAUCGGAACUUCGUUACGCCUCCCCUCAAAUCAGCGAUGGUGUUCGGAGGGAUCGCCGGUAUUGUCUCCACCGAACAAGGCGAGCACGACGACCUUGGCAGGCUGCCAUCCAUAAACUCCCAGAGCAGAGAGGUCACUGACAUGCAGGACAUGUAUCGCCGUACCCUGGCUGCUUCUUGGAUUUCGCCAGCCGAUGACCUACCGGCGGAUAAGCUAAUUGAAGAGUUAUUUUCCGGGAGCAUCAGCUGGGCAGAGAACCAGCACUCGCCGUUUGCCAACUCCACCGAUCACCACACUGACCGACUUUCCCCGUAUAGCCGGACGGGCAUAAGGCAAACGUCGACGGAAAAUCGUCUGUCGCCCAGUAGCUUCGAGAAGCGACCUCGGAGCUCAUCCAGCAACCAUUUCCGAACUGAACCAAAGGUGUCCGAGACAGGGGCGAGCGCGGAUCAUACUAGGAAAGAUGGGAGCAUCGAACAACAACUCCAUGACAAUCCGAAAGGGAGGAGCUGGAAAAGUCGUAAUGCGGACCAUGAAUUAUCCGAGUUCGAUGUCCGCGAGGACCUACGGAGCUGGGAAAUUGCAAGCAAGGAGCGCAAUGUUAUUGCUCGAUUCAAAUCCGAGAAACACACAGACGAUGCGGGCGAUAGCGUCGGGGGCUUCUUUUCUCUAGAAGACCUAGAAGCAGAGGAGACCAGACGUCGGCACGGCCGCAUCAAGCGCAUGCGUCGUGUCUUGAGCGAGAAAGAGCAAAUCAGACGACAAAAGUCGAAGAGCCACACGAUACCAAUUUCGGUGCGUUCUUUGGGAGACCCGGCUCAGGUCGUGGUUAUCCAGGAUCGCAAACGUCGCAGACGUUCGGAGCCUCUCGCAGAGGAAAAUUCGUUAGAAGAAUCCAGGGGAAAACAUUUCAUGCUGAAGGAAUUGGAGAAAGACGCCGCUUUUGCCGAUGAAGACCUCUAUAUUGCUCACAUUGACGAGCUAGGCUCCGCUUACCAACCUUACGACAAAUUACCACGCGCCGACUGGAAUGACCUUAGAUAUCACCUUCGCUCAUCGUUCAAGAGCUCACAACUCUCUGAAUACAUUCAACAACGAAUCGACAACGAAGACAAAGACAAAGACACACCCCGGGGCGACUCUGAAGGCAAACUCUGGCUACCUGGGGUUGUGAAUCUCAUGGAGUCGGCACCCAAACGUGCUUCUAUUCGAACUGGAGCACUUCAGGGUCUGAAAGGGAAGGAGGCUUUUGCUGAGAAAAUUCUUCGGGAUUGCUGGAAACUUAGUAUCGAUGGCGAAAUCGGCCAGCUUGAUGUCCCCAUGCCUGACACCGCAUUCAAUACGCUUUUGAACGCCGAAAACUUCUCGUUUGAGGAGCUCGCUGUUCUACACGAUGUGAAAAUUGAUGUCUCCCAGGUGCUAGGGGUCUUAAGGGUAACUGGACGACAGGAUGCAUGUGAAUCCAUCAGGGACAUCAUUCGUGACGCCACCAUGAGAAUACAGGAGGAAGACCUCACACUGCCACUCAACGAGAACGACAUAACUGCUAAUGCUCGCGUCAAAAGUCCUGACUUUCUAUCUUGGCUCAACAAGACUUAUGGGGUGACCUUCGAUGUGAAGACAUCACAAACGCCCAAGCGGAUGUCCUAUCUUGCUGAAAACAAACAGCAGGCGGAUGAUGCUCACAGGGCACUGCAUCUUGCAUGGCACAGCACAAACAACCCUCCUACCCCGUUCAGUACAUACCUGCCUGCUACUGAAAUGGCUAGCGUCAAUAAUACCGAUCCCGAGCUCAGCACACCAUGGUUUGAUCGACGACAUUCGUGGUUCAGAUGGGCGGUUCCACAUGAGACCAGCGAGAUUUUGACGCCCGGCUCCCUGCUAGAAAGGCGCAAAUUCUUCAACAAGCAUCAAUCCCGUCUGUCUAAUGUGCUUCUCAAAUUGCUUCGAAAUCCCAAGAUCAACAAGACCAUUGGCAUCGAGAAUCCCACCAAUGUUUGUGAGUCUGUCACUGCGGCGGUUGGAAAAUGUCUUUUCUUUCGCAAGUCUACCUUUGAUGAGACAUCGGUCAGCGCUCCUCAACUUGGCCGGCUGUCCCUCCCACGUACGUUCACUACUGAUAUACCUCGUGCGGCACCGUUCUUGAACAAUCUGGUGCCUCAGAAGUCCAAUGAGCAACAGGUGCACCGCAUGCGAUUGGUACCUUCAGCUUUCCAUGCCCAGGUCUUCCCUCAACUCGAGGUGGAGGUCACAGUGAAUACCUCCAAGUCUCCAUUCUACACCGGCCCAGAAUUCGCUCUUCAGAGUGCCAAGGUGGUUUUAGCUGAAAGCAAACUCGAUUUUCUUCUCCCAGAGAACGGGCUCGAUCUCCGAUUCAGCCGACGCUUGACCCAUGAGCUUCCUACGGGUUCCGCAAUCGAUCCAUCGUUAGGUGCACUUGAGGAGAGCCUGCGAAACGUUUUCAAGCAGUCUCUCGAGUCCAGUGGUAGCGAGGUUCCCCUUCCCACCUUCACUCAGAUCACCCUGCCUCGUAAGCUUCUGGGCCAGGCCACGGUCACGGACGGUGAAACUCUGACGGCAGACUACAUUUUCCUCCCGGUGAACGACGCCCGGGGCACCCGGGUCCACAAAUACAACUUUGGCGGCCAGCAGCUCAACUACUCGUACUACGAGAGUGGGCCUUUCUUGCCUCACCGUACCACCGAGCUCUUUUUGAGCAAGGACAUCGCGAACCCCAUCCCGGGCUUAUCGGACGCCAUUCCCGGCGCGGCUGAGUCCGUGGUUGAAGAUGACUUCCAUGAAUUCUACAAAUCAGCAUGCAAUUUGGCGUUUGACGUGGAUAUGGCCCGCCAAACGGAGGCGGCCUCUGAAGGUCCGGAGGUGUUCUAG